CGAAGCUUGAAAGUUUCAACAGGACACAAACUCUAUACACACACACACACCAAAAAAAUAACUAUAUAUACACACACACAAUCAGAACGUACAUCUACGAAAUACAUACUGAGGAAAACUAACAACAUACGGCCAUGGAUACGAGCAAGUACCUCCUCCUCCUCUUCUUCCUCGCAAACCUCCUACUUCUACCCACCCCAACCACCUCAUCCUUCUAACCGAACCGCCAUAUUCGCGUUCGGAGACUCCAUCUUCGACUCCGGCAACAACAACCGCCUUUCCACCAUCUUCCGCUCCGACCACCCCCCUUACGGCAUCGACUUCCCUGGCAGGACUCCCUCCGGCAGGUUUUCAGAUGGCAAGUUGGCCACGGACUUCUUGGUUUCGCAGCUGGGCAUCAAGGAACUCCUGCCCGCAUACUUGGACCCGUCCCUCACAGACCGAGACUUGCUCACCGGCGUGAGUUUUGCGUCCGCGGGUACGGGCCUGGAUGAUUUGACCGCAACUGAGGCCAAUGUGCUGACUCUUAAUGCGCAGUUGAGGAACUUCAUGCAGGCGUUGCAGAGAAUGCGGAGCCUUGCAGGCCCGGAGGAGACGGAUCGGAUCGUCGAGAAUGCGUUGUUCAUGGUGGCUGCCGGAACUAACGAUAUGCUGAAUAAUUUCUACGGGCUGCCGCUGAGGAGGACGUAUUCUCUGUCUGGGUACCAGGAUUUGCUGCUCCAAAAUCUUGAGAAUGUUAUUAGGACAUUGCACUCAAUGGGAGCAAGAAGAAUGGCAGUGGUGGGUUUGCCGCCGAUCGGGUGCAUGCCGGUGUCGGUCACUCUCGGCAGCCUGUUGCCCAGCUUUCACAUGCUCCAGCGUCUGUGCGUAGAUCAGCAGAACUCAGACUCCGAAGCCUACAAUGCCAAGCUUAAGGCACUCACGUCCCGGCUGCAGGCUUCACUGGCCGGCUCCAGAGUUGUCUAUGUCGAUGUCUACACUCCCAUGAUGGACAUGGUUAUUAGCCCGGCAGCAUUCGGGUUGGAGAGAACAAUAGAAGGAUGCUGCGGAUUGGGUUCAGUAGAGAUGGGACCUCUGUGCAAUUCGCUUACUCCAACGUGCCCAGAUCCAUCGAAGUACCUAUUCUGGGAUGCUGCUCAUCCCACACAAGCAACUUACAUGUUUCUUGCCAACAAAUUCCGACAAGAACUUCUUCCCUCCCUCCUCGUUUAAGUCAAUAAUUAGGUAUAGAAACAAUUAAUGGAGGGGUUUGUUUUCUUAGUUAGCAUGAAGUAGGUAAUAUUCUUGAUUCGGAGUAUAGCAUUGGGUAUUUCCAGUUUGGGCUCGAACAUUUUGGUCUUUGUUUGAGU